AUGACUAAAAACGAUGAGCAGAGUCCUUUUGCAGAUCAGAAAAACGAGAGCUUUUCUAAUGAAAAUACAUAUAUAGAUGACUUAGUGGAUACGACACAGAAGAGGAAUUUUAGUGACGAUAGUUUCAAAUCGACCAACCUGUUCACUAACUCGAUAAUCCAGUCGCCUACCGAAUCGCAUUUCAGUUUUCAUCAUACCAGUUCUAGUGCUCAAGGAGAGCACAUAUCGCCGACCAGAAAAUCCUCUCUCAGGUUUAAGCUUCCCAAUACUACCGCGUCAUCUCCCCCAACGACGUCGUCUACUGCAAACACGGUGAAGCAACAGGGUUCCAUACAUAAUAAAGUUGGCUCACCUUUCGUGAAUAAUAUAAUAAAUGAAAAUGAGGUUUAUAAAGCCCCACAGUCGCCAUUUACAGACGAGUAUAGACAUGCUACUUUUGAUGGGGAUGACGAGCACUAUUACCAUGCUGACCAAGAUUCUAUUGCAAUGGAUCAUAAGGAAACAACGAUGAAGAGGCAUAGAUGGGGAACAACAAGAGAUAAAAAAGGGAAACCUAAGAAGGAGAACAUGGCUAGGUCGAAGACCUUGAAAGGAAUAUUGCUGCAUAAUGGAAGUAUGGUGAGGUCGAAAACUAAAGGUCAUAAGGGACGUAAUCAUUCGAUUAGAAAGCCAAAAACAAAUAACGAAAGUGACGAUGAUGAUGAUGAUAAUGACGAAAGUGAAUCGGAGGAGGAAGCAAAAGAUCCUAGGGACCAUAAAGAUGAAAAGCGAUCUAUUGUUUUUAACAGGCAGUUACCAGAUGAAUUUUUAGACUCAGAAACUGGCAAGCCUAACACGUCAUAUGCAAGAAAUAAAAUCAGAACAACAAAAUAUACUUCCUUGUCAUUCUUGCCGAAAAAUAUUUCAAAUCAGUUUAUCCAUAAUGUGGCUAAUAUGUAUUUCUUAGCUUUAAUCAUUUUGGGCGCGUUUGAUAUUUUCGGCGUUCCAAGCCCAGUAUUGGCAGCGGUUCCUUUGAUUGUAAUCGUUAUUAUUACUGCAAUUAAAGAUGCAUUUGAAGACUCGAGGCGUACUAUCUCGGACUUAGAAGUUAAUAAUCAAAUCACUCAUAUAUUGGAUAAUAAUGCUGCAUAUGAAAACCCCAAUUACGUUUAUGCCAAUCAAAAUGUGAACGAUGAAAAGGUCUCUUUAUGGAGAAGAUUCAAAAAGCUCAACACAAGACUAUUGUUCAGGUUUAUCAACGGGUGUAAGAGGAAUUUAACAAAGGAAGGUAAAGCUAACAAACUACGCGAGAAACAGAAAAGUAACAAGCAUGAAGACCACAAAGAAGUCAUGAGGAAAAGUUUCGAUAGUGAUUUUAUUCUAGAAACAUCAAGACCUUCAAUGAGCGAGAAUCCCUUCAGCGAAAAUUCCUACCGCCAAUCGUUUCAACAGGGCCGACAAUCGAUGCAAAGCCAUCGUUCGAUGAGAAGACAUCAUCGUGAAAAGACUUUGAAAUUUACAAAGAAGUAUUGGAAGGAUGUCAAAGUAGGUGAUAUGUUGAGAAUCUAUAACAAUGAUGAAAUACCUGCUGAUGUUAUUAUCUUAGCAACAAGUGAUGAAGAUAAUUGUUGUUAUGUCGAAACUAAAAACUUGGAUGGGGAAACUAAUUUGAAGGUUAGACAAGCUUUGAAAUACGGAUCUACUGAGAACAAAAUUAAAAAAGCAGAUGAUUUAAUGGAUCAUCAGUUUCAAAUUGACAGUGAAGGUCCUCAUCCUAAUUUAUAUUCAUAUCAAGGAAACUUGAAGUAUUUUGAUGAGCAUACUAAUGAUUUAAAACAAGAAGCUAUCACAAUCAACAACCUCUUAUUAAGAGGUUGUUCCUUAAGAAAUACUAAAUGGGUUAUCGGUAUAGUUGCAUUCACAGGAGAAGACUCGAAGAUUAUUCUUAACGCUGGAGUAACUCCUACAAAACAAUCUAGAAUGUCGCAUGAUUUAAAUUAUUAUGUUUUGCUUAAUUUCUUGUUGUUAUUCAUCAUAUGUUUUGUUUCUGGUUUAGUAAAUGGUCUAUGGUAUAGAAAUCACAAUACCUCUCGAGAUUACUACGAGUUUGGUACAGUAGCUGGUUCACCUGCCACGAAUGGUUUGGUAAGUUUCUUUGUCGCUGUUAUCUUAUACCAAUCUUUAGUUCCAAUCUCAUUGUAUGUUACGAUAGAAAUUAUUAAAACCGCACAAGCAUUUUUCAUAUAUUCCGAUAUUGGUAUGUAUUAUGAAAAGCUUGACUAUCCUUGCACGCCAAAGUCUUGGAAUAUAUCUGAUGAUUUAGGUCAAAUUGAGUAUAUUUUCAGUGAUAAGACUGGUACAUUAACACAAAACUUAAUGGAAUUCAAAAAAUGUACCAUUAACGGUGUUUCAUACGGUAAUGCAUACACAGAAGCAUUAGCAGGUUUGAGGAAGAGACAAGGAUAUGAUGUUGAAACUGAAGCUGCACAUGAGAGAAAAUUAAUUGCUGAGGAUAGAGAAAUAAUGAUUCUGAAAUUAAAAAAUCUUACUUCUGGAAGCUUGAAUUACGAGGAUAGUUUAUCGUUUGUUUCGAGCCAAUUUGUUGAUGACUUGGAAGGCAAGGGAGGUGAAAAACAACAGGCUUGUAAUUCCCAUUUUAUGUUGGCUCUAGCAUUAUGUCAUUCGGUUUUAGUUGAAGAGGAUCCAAAGGAUGCUAAAAAACUUCUUUUGAAGGCGCAAUCGCCUGAUGAAGCUGCUUUAGUAGAAACCGCCAGAAGUGUUGGUUUCGCUUUCAAGGGUAGUACGAAGAAAGGUGUUCUUGUAGAUGUACAAGGUAAAACUAAAGAAUACCAAGUCUUAAAUACUUUGGAAUUUAAUUCGACCAGAAAGAGAAUGAGUGCUAUUAUUAAAAUUCCGGGCGACACUGAAGAUGAUGAGCCAAAGGCCUUAUUACUUUGUAAAGGUGCUGAUUCGAUUAUUUAUGACAGAUUAGCGUCAAAUAAUAAUAAGGAAUUGCUUGAGACUACCUCUAAUCAGUUAGAGCAGUUUGCAACUGAAGGUUUAAGAACUUUAUGUAUUGCUCAGCGAGAGAUGACAUGGUCAGAAUAUACAGAAUGGAACAAGCGCCAUAAAGAAGCUGCAUCUUCGUUAGAUAACAGAGAAAGUAAAAUGGAGGCGGUUGCCGAUUCUAUAGAAAGAGAAUUAUUUUUAUUGGGAGGAACAGCUAUUGAAGAUAGAUUACAGGAUGGUGUUCCAGAUGCAAUAUCCAUUUUAGGACAAGCUGGUAUAAAAUUAUGGGUUUUAACUGGUGAUAAGGUUGAAACGGCUAUCAAUAUUGGUUUUUCUUGUAAUUUACUUGGAAAUGAUAUGGAAUUAUUAAUUUUGAAGACAAAGUUAGAUGAUGAUGAAAAAGCUAAGCACGAUAUUGAUGCAAAAUGCAAUGAAACAAAAAUAAUUGAUAGAUUGAUUUCAAAUUAUUUAUCAAAUUAUUUCAAUAUGACUGGUUCCGAAGAAGAACAAGAAAAGGCAAUCGAAGAUCAUAGUCCACCAAAUGAAGGCUUCGGAGUAGUUAUUGAUGGUGAUGCGUUAAAGUUAGCACUUCUUGAUCGUGACAUUAAGAGGAAGUUUUUAUUGCUAUGCAAGCAAUGUAAGGCUGUAUUGUGUUGUCGUGUUUCCCCAGCACAAAAAGCAGCAGUUGUUAAAUUAGUUAAAGACACAUUAGAUGUUACUACUUUAGCAAUAGGUGAUGGUUCAAAUGAUGUAGCAAUGAUUCAAGCGGCAAAUGUUGGUGUUGGUAUUGCUGGUGAAGAAGGGAGACAAGCUGUCAUGUCGUCAGACUAUGCUGUUGGUCAAUUCAGAUUCUUAACAAGGUUAUUGUUAACUCAUGGAAGAUGGUCUUAUAAGAGAUUUAGUGAAAUGAUCUUGAGUUUUUUCUAUAAGAACGUGAUUUUUUCAGUUGCAUUAUUCUGGUAUGGUUGUUAUAAUAACUUCGAUGGGUCAUAUUUAUUUGAAUAUACCUACUUAAUGUUUUAUAACUUAGCGUUCACAUCAUUACCAAUUAUUUUCUUAGGAAUUUUAGAUCAAGAUGUACCAGCAAAAGUUGGAUUAUUAGUGCCUCAAUUGUAUAAAACAGGUAUUAUGAGAUCCGAAUGGACGGAAACUAGAUUCUGGUGGUACAUGGUUGAUGCAAUCUACCAAUCGGUAAUUUCUUUCUUCUUCCCGUACUUAAUGUACUACAAGGGUUUUCAAAGUAUGAAUGGAUUAGCUAUUGACCAUAGAUUUUGGAUCGGUAUAGUCGUUACAUGUAUCUCAUGUAUAUCGUGUAACUUGUACAUUUUGUUCCAUCAAUACAGAUGGGACUGGUGGUCUACUUUAUUUGUUGCAUUGUCAAUUCUAGUGGUUUUUGGAUGGACUGGUAUAUGGACUGCUCCUCUAUACAGUCAAGAGUUCUACAAAGCAGCUCCUCAAAUGUUCGGUGCUGCUUCAUUCUGGGCUUGUACAUUUAUCGGUGUAUUGGCGUGCUUGAUUCCUAGAUUUUUCUAUGACUUCCUCCAAAAGCUUUAUUGGCCUAAAGAUAUUGAUAUUAUUAGGGAGUGUGUCCAAAGGGGCGAUUUUGAUCCUUAUCCAGAAAACUACGAUCCAACUGAUCCAAACAGACCUAAAAUUAGUCUGUACACAAACGAAAAUGUUAAGAGAAUGAGUAUGGGCAACAAUCCUAAUACUCCACCCGAAAUGUACAAGGACUUCACCCCUAGUAACAGUGAUUUAGAGUACAAUGCCAGCUACGAGAAUUUGGGCCAAAGCUCGGCCAUUAGGACCAAUGCCAUUGAACACGGUACUCAUCAUCAAGCAAUUGAGGGCAGUCCCGACAUCAACGGACAACCAAAGAAUGUUAACCCUGAAUCCAUGGUACACAGGCUGAGCCCCAGCAAGGCAUCACAUAGAAAGUCUCUUCACAAGAUGUUUAAGCGUAAUAGCAAAUCAGGUUCAAUCCAUCAUGGGGCAGACUACAACGACCCGUAUAAUAGAGCUGUUAACGCCGAGGAUAUAGCGCUGUCCAUACAAACGGAAGAAAUACCAUUGGAUGACUUCAGCCUGCCAGUUACUAUGUCUACACAAGUCAAGGUACCUCGUAUUGGCCAUUGA